GCGUCCUUGAACAAUAUAUCCAACGGUGUUUGUGCAUCGUCUUUAGCCAAUUAUAUUGCGAUUUUGUAAACGUUGCGGCGGGCUAACGUGCUAAAUCCGCUGUUUAUUAUUGGAGGGACAGGUAAGCAUCGCAGCCUGAACACGCUCUUUACGACCCCACAACUCCCGAGCUGUCUCACGCAAUACGCAGUGAGCAACGAAAUCAACAAGUGUCCCGAGUCACGUCGUAAAUACGUCUAAUUUUCGCAUUUCCCGUGCACGUAAACUUCACAGAAAGUUUGGACGAGAUAAACAAUUAAUCAAUUUACGACAGUGAACUAGUCGCAGGUAGUAUUCGAUGAAGUAGGGCGUACAGCGCCGACGAGAAUGCCAGCCAAAGGAUUGUUCCUACCAGCAUAACAAACAAUCAUUGAAAACUACAAAUAAAUCGUUGAUUAACGCAUACAGACGCCCCAAUAUGCAGUAGGACAACGCCUGUAAUCUGGGGACACAAACAUUCCAUUAAAACAUUCCACUGAUAAAACGGAUUAAUGCUUGCAAAUAUUAACCACAAGGCAGGAAACACAAGUAAACAACAAAAUGUCCAGACAAGACAGAUCAAAAUCAGGCAGUAGUAAUUUUUUUGAAAAAUGGAUGACUGGAGGCAAGAAGAAACCACCUGGGCGACCAGGAAGUCAAAUCGGGCGUCCUUUAAGCGAAACGGAUUUUGGCUACGGCGAUGUGGAGGCGGCGCCCGCCACCGACAGUUACCAGCAAGCCAUCGAGCAAAUGACAGAUAAGGAACUUAUGCGUACCUUUGACAAAUUACUUGAUGAUAUGAACUUGACCGAUGCAAUGCGGCAGCCAUUACGAGAUAAGCCGGCUGACAAAAAGCAGAUGCUUAUUAUGCACCACAGUGUUAAGCAGGACGCACGCAGCAAGUUUGAUAAACCCCAACAAUAUAUUGAUUAUUUUAAGCACUUUCUUAGUGACAGACAGAAUCUGAGCGCGACCAAGUUAGGCAAUUGCGUGGAGAGUUUGCGCAUCGCACUUACGAACAACACUCUUACCUGGGUGAAUGAUUUCGGGGAGACAGGGAUGCACACGCUUUUUGAAAUUUUACAAUAUUGUACAACAACUAAUCACGAGCCAAAAUACGAACGCAUUCAAAUCGAGUGCUUAAAAUGUCUAAUAAAGUACAUAAACAAUACAGAGGGUUUAAGAAGCUUCCUACAAAACAGCCAGGGCCAACAACAUGUCACAAAAUGCAUUGAUUACAAAAAACCGCAAGUAUCAAUUGUAGCACUUCAAAUCAUGGCCGCUUUGUGUUGCCUCCGCGAUGAAAAAUACAUCGGAUCCGAAACAGCCCUUCUUGCUGUCACCGAAGUGGCUGAUUCGCGAGGACAGGAACGCUUUACAAUAAUCACCGACUGCAUAAACCGUACAAAAAACGAAGACCUCUGGUCCAACGCAUUGAAGUUUAUCAACGCUUUACUUUCACUCACCGAUGAUUUUGAACUUCGAAUUCACCUACGGAAUGAAAUCGUGCGCAAUGGAUUGUUUGAAAUGUUGGAGACACUGAGCAGGAGCACACAGCAUAAUGUCCGCACACAAUAUAAACAUUUCACUAACUUUAAGGAGGAAGACGCUGAAGAGUUGAAUCAUCGAUUUAACGAUGUCCGUAUUGAAAUGGACGACGUGAGUGACUUGUUUGAGUUGAUAAAGAACCUCACACUUAACACGACUGCCGAAACGUACCUUCUUAGCAUAUUCCAGCAUUUUUUGUUUAUACGGGAUGAUUUAGCGGUGCGGAAUUCGUACUUUAAGUUGAUUGAAGAAGUUAUUUCUCAGAUUGUAUUGCAAAAGAACGGCUUAGAUCCGGAUUUUUCGCGUAGACAUUUGAAUAUUGAUGUGCAGAACUUGGUUGAUGAGAUUAAGGAGAAUACGCAUGUCUCGGAGGUGUCGGAGGGUAGAUAUUUAGAGAUGCAGAGGCAAUUAGAAGAAGCAUUGGCUGCAAAGGAGGAAGCUCUUGCCAAGAUGGCAAUCAUGGAAGGUAGAGCUAGUGGUUCUGGAGAUGGAAAAAGUACACUACCUCCACCUCCACCUGGAUUAUCAGGGAUGCUAAGUGCUGGUGCAGGAGGACCACCACCACCUCCUAUUCCUGGUGCAGUGGGAGGAGGACCUCCGCCACCUCCGAUGAUGCCUGGAAUGGGUGGGCCUCCUCCGCCACCUAUGCCAGGAAUGAGUGGAGGACCACCUCCACCGCCUAUGCCUGGUAUGGGUGCUCCACCUCCACCACCACCUCCGAUGAUGGGCGGUGGACCACCACCACCGCCGUUUGGUGCAGCGCCUAUUGGAUUGCCUGGAAUGGCAGGACCCCAAUUACCGGCUGGUCUUAAACCCAAGAAAAAGUGGGACACGAAUGGUCCAUUGAAGAAGGCCAAUUGGAAAACAAUUAUUCCGCAUAAACUAACGGAGAAAUCAUUCUGGUUUAGAGUAAAAGAAGAAGACCUUGCAAGUACUGAUAUUCUUGAUGGUCUGGCUCAAAGGUUCACAUCGAAACCACUGCCGAAGAAGUUUGAUGAUGUUGAUAAAAUGGCAAAUGUUGGCACAAUGAAGAAAACGAAGGCGCUCAAGGUCCUCGAUGGUAAAACAGCGCAAAACAUCAGCAUCCUCCUCAGCGGGUCCCUAAAACACAUGGCUUAUGAAGACAUCAAGACCUGUCUCCUUCGCUGCGACGAGAGCGUGCUAAGUGAAAACGUUCUCGAACAAUUAAUUCAAUAUCUCCCACCUCCUGAUCAACUACAGCAGUUUAAACAAUACAACGACAAAUACGAUGAAUUGACAGAAGCGGAACAGUUUUGCGUGAAAAUGGCGGAGAUAAAGCGCCUCUUACCCAGAUUAAAAUCGCUUAGUUUCCGACAGAAUUACACCGAAAUGGUCGGUGAUAUUAAACCGGAAAUAGUUGCAGCGACAGCGGCGUGUCAAGAAGUAAAGAAAAGCAAGAAAUUCGCUAGAAUUUUAGAGCUUAUUUUACUCCUGGGUAAUUACAUGAAUACUGGAUCGAGAAAUGCGCAAGCUUUUGGGUUUGAAAUUAGUUUCCUAACGAAGUUAUCCGGAACAAAAGACAUCGAGAACAAGCAGACACUUUUGCAUUAUAUUGUAGAGACGGUGGAGAAGAAGUUUCCGGAUGUGUUGCAUUUUAUGGAUGAGAUGCCACAUAUUGAUAGUGCUAGUCGUGUGUCCUUUGACACCAUACAAAAAUCUCUCAGCCAAAUGGACAAAGAAAUCAAGAACCUCGAAAACGACCUCAAGAACAACCGAGUACCGCAGUGCGACGACGACAAAUUCUGUGAAGUCAUGGAUAAAUUCGCGCGUGAAGCACGUGAACAAUGCGCGGUAAUGCAAAACAUGUUCAAAAAGAUGGAAAACUUGUACGGAGAACUAGCUGAAUUCUACGUCUUUGACAAGAACAAGUAUGCCCUUGAAGAGUUCUUCACCGAUUUAAAAACAUUUAAAGAUUCAUUCCUGGAAGCCAAGAGAGAUAACGAUAAAGAGCGCGAGAUUGCAGAGAAGAAUCAACGCGCGAAAGAGGCGCGCAGGAAAGCAGACGCCGAGAAACAAGAACGCGAGGCGAGAAAGAAAGCGCUCAUUGACAUGAAUCCAUCGGAGACCCAAGAAGGUGUGAUGGACAGUCUGCUGGAAGCUUUAGCAAGUGGUACCGCAUUCAGCAGAGAACAGAGAAGACAACGAGCACCCAGACUGGCAGGCGCAGAUCGUAGAGCUCAAUUAAUACGAUCUAGGUCAAGAUCCAAUGUCUUACAAGGAGCUGGUAGGGAUUUGCGUGAAAUUGUCGCGUCGUGAUGGAUUGGAAAAUUGAUUAAUUGCGCAUACUGUCAUUCUGACAACGAAUUUUGUACAUUUCCGAUACCGAGACAUAACUCUAGGUGCUUUUUGUUACACUUGUACAUAUUAAAUGAUCUAUAUAUUGAUAUUCAUGUGAACACCCUGUACGCCAUUCCUGUAUCAAUCGCGUAAACCAUUGCCAAAAAGUUGGGAUGUUUGAACGAGGCAGCUGGCGAUUUCGUAAUGUGUUGUCACUUGGCACAAGUUCGGAUGCUUCAGUGCGAUGUUUGCGUUUAUUAUUACGCAGUCAGCGCAAAGCAAGCAAAGAGAACUACAGAAAAACAAAUCAAGGUACGCGUAUAAUCUAAUUAUCCAACAUGGGUAAAGGCAAGGGUGGUGGUGGUGGUGGUGGUGGAGGUGCCGGUGGUGCACAGAAAGAAGAUAAAAAGGGCGGUGCGAAAGGCGGCGGAGACAAAAAAGGCGAUCAGAAGGCUGCUGCCGCCGCUGGGGGCGCUAAAGGCGGCAAGAAAGGUGGAAAGAAAUGACAGCCGCCAUUUAAUCACUCAUCGCAUUUUGUUCUGUUGGCAAAUAUACAUAUAAUAUUAUAUUUAUAAAUGGGUAUCAAAAAUAAUAAUAUAAAGUCUGUGAUUGAAUCAA